GAUGGUGUUCGAUCUGGUUCUAAUGAAUACCCUCCCAACAAAUUAUGCGACGGUUGUGAAUGUGGACGGUGUACGUGACUGUACCCACGCGUGUGUACGUAUGUCCACGUGUGGGGCCAUAGCGUUCACCCAUAACCUUACGUGUUAUUUAUACGACGGAAGUAUUGUGGCAGACCCCUCGGCUACACCUGAUAUGGAGUUACUGAUAUACAACUUUCAAAGGAAUCAAAAUUGCAAUGGAACUAUUCCAUUUAUUCCUGGACACGGUUAUCGUGGUUGUCCGAUUGGAAGUGGUUUCAUCUAUGAAGUAACUCUCCAAGUUUGUUACAAGCGCUUCUCCUCAAGCAGCCCAGCAGACCAGGACAUAUGUAUACAAGAAGGAGGUUCUGAUUUAAUGAAGAUUGAUACUCAGGAAAAGCAGGACUUCUUCAAGCUUCUGAUACCAGCUGGCGAUCAUACCUAUAUCCGGGGAGACCGGAACCCCAGCACCGGAGAGUGGGCCUACUGGGAGGAAGGGAUUGCAAGGCCAAUGCCGCCCAUUGACUGGUCACCAGGCCAGCCAAACGGGGAAACAUCGGGACAGAACUGCCUCGCUAUGGACAGCAAUGGACUGAUGGAUACAACCUGUCAUUACUGUGACUACAUUCUGUGCGAAUAUUUCAUGUAAUGGGCUGGUCCGAUGUAGAACAGACUCUAUGUUUACAUGACUUUCUGUCGUCACGAUAUGGUGGAAACAUUGCCGAUGUGACGUAAUAUUUAACUCACUCACUCUUUGUUGUAAUAGCGUUGCUUGUUACAGUAUCUGCCUCGUUUAAGAAGGCGUAUUUCUGUGGCACCGUGUGAGAGUGUAUUGCUUUACGCCGCGUUUAGCGUUAUUCCAGUAAUUCCAGAGGGGGGAUACCACAAAUCAGCUUCAUUCAUUUGAAAGUUACGCUAAGACAUUAACGUUUACAAACACACGUAGUGAUAUGCGGUGCUGCUUGAUGCCCAUACACAUUGUCAUCUGAAAUAUAUAUACUGGCGGACAUAAAUA